UACAGCGACAGUGACUAUAAACGUCUAUUUUCUCUGCGCCAGAAAGGGCAGUCUCAGCACCCCGCCCGACCACUCGCCAGUCGAUUAGCGGUACGAAGAUACUACACAACUAGACACGAUGUCGAACACAAUGGCACAGCCGGCUGAAAGUUCGGUGAGCUACGAUCUCACCAGGAAAAGCCACAUGGGGGGAGACUGCAUUUUGAAGCGCUUUGCGCAAUGGUUCUGGUCGGUGUGGAUGAUCGCCGGGUCUGGGACCCACGAUGCCCUUGCGGAUCCCGCGAAUCACCCCAAAGCGACAAACGGUGCCUCCACAAAGACGAAUGGAUGUGCUGGCACAGCGAGAGGUGGUCUGUCUACCACUGGAGAAUGCGACACAGGACUGCGGGAACAGUCCUCUGGAAACGAGCAUAGUUAUCCUUGCAAGGCAUGCCAGACAUGGGGUGUUGUUUGCGAUCAGCAGAGACCGCGCUGCUCACAUUGCUUGGAUCAGCAGAUACUGUGCUUCUAUGUGGCACCUCUGCCAAAACCACCGAAGCGGUCAACCAAGUCGCGUUCCCGCCACGUUGAGAUCGUAAAUUCCUCGCCCCGGCUGUUGGCGAGUUGACUUUUGAUGAAUCACAAGUGAAUGAAGUUACUUUGGUCUUUUUACACAGCUCUUCUCUUAUCAUCACGAUAGUUUAUUCCCGGUCGAUAAGAUAGGCACGUGCCUUAGAUAGCUCUAUCGUCCAGUCACCCCACAUGCGGGGGAAGACUAGCAGAAGGUUGCUCAAGGGAGUGACACUUGGACUCCAGAUGACUGAUCACAAACCGUACAUUUCCGUAUGCGGGAUUCGGACGGAGAGUAGCAUAUUCAGGGCAUGCACGAUUUGCCACUGUUCCUUCACGGCGGAU